CGCCUAUAAAGAGAACGUAUAUACAAAUGAUAGGUGGCCUACGGCUAGCGUUGGGGACCGAUGGUCGUCUGACGACGAACGGCGUGAGCCCAGCCCAGCCGCCUCCUCCACCCGCCCUCGCCCGGGCACCCGCCGCAGCCCCUCUCGGCACACCACGGCGGCGGCCCCCUUCAGGGGAGAGAGCAGGGGGAGGUGGGGGAGCAUGCGGCAGCCACAGGCGGGGGCUGCAUCGCAGCUCCGCCCCGAGCAGCAGCAGCGGCGGAGGCAGCACCGGCAGUGGCAGUGGCAGCAGCAGCAAUCCUACGACAGCGGACGAUGCGGUGGCUGCCACCUCCCCCACCCCCUCCUCUUCCGGUCCUCAGGAUCUGAGCCUGGAGCCCUUCAAGGCGCUGGUGGCGGGGCGGCGCUUCAAAUGCACCCUGUGUGGCAAGUGCUGCACCGGGGAGGGCGAGAUCUGGGUCUCCCCCUCCGAGGCCGCCCGCAUCGCCGCCCACCUGCACCAGCCGCUGCCCCGCUUCCUGGCGCAGCACACCAAGCAGUACAGCCGCUACCGGGGCUGGCGCAUGCUGAGGACGCAGCCGGGGACAACGUCCUGUACCUUCCUCGGCGCUGACAACCGCUGCUCCAUCCACUCCGUGCGCCCCAGCCAGUGCUCCACCUACCCUUGGUGGCCCGAGCUGACACAGCAGCGGGAGUGGGACUGGGAGAAGGCCAAUGUGUGCGAGGGGUUCGACCACCCCGAGGCGGGGCCGCUGGACGAGCAGGAGGCGGCGGAGCAGCUGAGGGAGGCAAACAUGAUGACGCAGGUGCGGCUGCUGGCGUCCACCAUCCGGCUGACGCCCAAGGAGGCGGACUGGGCUGACCAGGUGCUGGUAUGGGAGGAGGAGGGGCAGCAGGGGCAGCAUCAGCAACAGCAACAGGAGGAGGGAGUGCAGCAGCGGGAACAUCGGCAGGAGGGAGUGCAAGCAGCUGGCAGUCAGACAGCGAAUCCCGAUGAAGGCUGUGACAGACGGGGAGGUGCGGGGAGUGGAGGCGAUGGUGGGGCAGCAGGUGGUGCCAAGAAGAGCGUGAACAAGAGGAAGCACCGGUAGAAGGGCGGUCCUUCGCUGGGGGCUGUAAUGGUCGCGCUGCCGCACGGCGUGUACGUAGGUUAGUCCAUGGGAGCAAUAACAGGGGUUUGUUAAGCCGUGGGAUUACAGCAAUCCUUGUGAAGAAUUUUAUCCCUUUGACCAAGCGUGUGCAACCGAAAAAGUAUUCCUGAAGUAUCGGUGCUGCACCGACGAAUCUAUGUAUACCUUUUGCUGAUAAUCUUGCAUAGAAAGAUAGGUGUUUGCUGGUUUAGGCGUACCCUAGAAACCGUCGGUUGCAAAGGGUUGACACGAUAGGGUUGAUAUACUACUAGGGUAACAAAAAGAGGUAGGACUUGCCUAUCAGAAAUGCAAUUGUACUAAUGACUAGUUGCAUCAUCCUUGGGAGCCCAAUGGCCGGACAUGGCUGGAUUAUGGCCGGCAUGGACGAGCACGAGUAGACAGACGAGACAUCGAUUGGACGUCUACCUUGUCCUAAAAUGUCACUUCUGACAAUGGACAUGACAUUCCUUGAUGACGACUAACAUAUAUUCCUGACGUUCUUUCUCAAACGUUACGAAAUGACGUAUACAACUCGCAUUGAGCAGAGCGGCGACGCCAAACAUCGUGUCCACGGCCACGACUAGGAAGCAUAUAGCAUCGGCUUUGGAGGAGUAGCUGAAAUUUGGAACGGACUCUUCUCGGAGGCGUGCCAAGCUUACAGGCGCUGGGGACGACGACGCCUGCAGAUAUGGGCGUUAAGGGUGGUCUCUUUAUAAGCUGCUUUCGAGGGAGUGGUACAGCUGCAAGGAGAGGCUCAAAGGGACGGAAUUCUCUUCCUUCGGGCACUUGGGAGGAUUGCCCGGCGUUCGACCUGGACCCCGCAUCCAUCACCCUUAGCGCGGCCCAAGCCCAGAAGAACCAGCAAACCGCGGCCGGCGCAGCAUACCUCAUCACCGAACCUACUCCGGAAGAACACCAGGAACAGCAAAAACAGCCGCAACAACAGCAACAUGAACAGCAACAGCUGCAACCGCAACACCAACAACAGCAUGAACAGCAACACAAGCAGAAACUCUACAGGCCACAAGGCCCCUUGGCAGAGGCCGGCGUGACCUCUCCUCACGGCCGUCCUGAGCCCCACGCCGCCCUCCCCACCGCCUCCUCCGUCUCCACCCCACGCGCCCUCGUCCCCACCACUUCCGCCUCCGGUGGGCCGCUCCAGGACAGCGCAGCGGACAUGUACGACGAGCCGGUGUCCCCCGCCACCGCCCUGCUGUCCCCACUGGCCCCGGGGUCACUGCCCCAGCCUCACCAGCAGGGCGAGCAGCGGCAGAACAUGCAGCACCGAGUGGCCCUCCGGCUCCUGGAGCGGCGCGGAGGACCCGCGGGAGCAGCGGGAGCAGGAGCAGGAGGCGGGGUUAACGAUCCUCCUCCGCUGCCGCCCCUCCCCCCCGCAACCCCCAUGGGUGCAACCCUAAUAGGCAACCCCACGGCUGCCCCUCAGCUCCCCCCCUCCUCCGCCGGCUUAGAAACGUACACCCCCGGUCUGCCGCCGCCGGUCCACAUCCCCGACCCCAGCAGCGCCGGCCCCAGCGGCCCCGCCUCGCCCGUCUCCUCCGCCUCCUCCCGCCCGCGCCCGCCGCUGCCGUACCCCCGCAUGAACGGGACCCUGCUCAACGGCAUCUCGGUGGGGGCGCUGCCCUCGCCCUCCGCCUCCUCCACGGCGGGAGGCAGCGCCAGCGGCGCCGGCGGCGUGGCGGGGGCCUACCGCCGGCGCAGCACUGAGCACCCGCACACGGCGCCUGGCGCACUGGUGGCCGGGGUGGAGGCGGCGGUGGAGGUGGACGAACGGCGCUGCAUGGAGGAGGAGGAGGCGGAGGAGAUGCGGCUGGCGGAGGCGGCGGAGGCGCUGGGACAGGCGGUGGCGGUUGGAGGCGUAGCAGCAGGAGGAGGAGGAGGCGCGUCGUCGGGGCCGUCGUCGGCGUCGCGGGCGCGGACGGGGCUGUCCGGUACGUCUGGGAAGCAGGCAUGGGCCUGGCGCGACGGCAGCAGCCCCACGGGGUCGGGGAGGAGGCUGACGGAGGCGGCUGCGACGUUGCGCGGCUCCGAUAACGGCGGCGGCAUGCCGGGGCGGACAGCCAACGGCGGUGUUGUGCCGCCUCCCGCCAGUGUGGUCCGCGUGCAGCCGGCUGCGGGAGGAGCGGGGGCCGCAGCCGUUGCAGCAGCUGCUGCUGCUGCUGCGGCCGCCGCCGCCUCCUCCCCUGCCACCGCAGCAUCGGCAGCAGCAGCACCGGGGCGCCGCCUGAGCACCGUCAGUGCGGCCCCGGUGGGCGGCUGGACCACGGGCGCGGGUCGUGUGGAGCUCAGCCAGGCGGAUAAGGAGUGGCUGCUGGGGCAGCCGGGCGGCAUCGCGGGCCUGGCGCCCGUCAUGGCUCUGGGCGAGGGCGGCGAGGGGCGGGUGGAGCUGGUGCGGGUGGAGCUGCCGGGGGGGCGCAGCUGCCACCUGGCGCGCAAGAGCACGCGGACGAGGCUGCCGGCGGAGGCGCAGCAGGCGGCGGUUGGCGGGGCGGCGGGGGUGCUGGGGUUGAGGCAGCACAGCAUCAGCUACCGCUUCCCCUUCGAGUGUUUCGACCGGGAGGUUCGCGCCAUGAAGGCGGUGAAGGACUGCGGCUUCGUCAUCCGCUUCCAUGCUGCGGCCUACAACCAUGACGUGGGCCAGGGCUUCAUUCUGAUGGAGGCGGCCCCGUACGGCACCCUGGAGGACCUGCAUGCGGCGCUGUGUCGCAGCCAGCUCCAGAGCUCCAACCGGCAGGGUCGCACCCCGCUGCUGCGCCGGGCCUUUGCGCGCCUCUCCACCACCUACAAGUCCUCCGCGCCGCCCUCCCUCGCACUCGCCGCAGUGGCUGGCAGCAACAACAACUCCGCUGCUGCUGCUGCCGCCUCCGCCGCCGCCUCCGCCCACUCUGCCAGUGUCGCCACCACUCGCCGCCACACCGCUUCCGCGCUGCUCAACAACCCCUCAGCCGCCUCCUACGACCGCCCCUCCUGCCCUCCGCGACCUCCCGGGGGUGCCGGCAUCGGCUCCCACGGGCGCCCCGGCUCCGCCGCCGCUGUCACCGCGCUGGACCCCGCUGAUGCGGAUGCGGGCGGCUGGGCGGACCGAGUUAGCUGCUGCUCCUCCACCUCGGUGGUGGGCACGGUGGAUC